UUGGGCGGGCGGAAGAAACUAAAAAGUCAGCGCCAUUAUGUUUGUUUUUAGUGGGAGGAGGAGUGGAAAAAAGUAAACUACGGCCGCCAAAAAAAAACUACAAUUGGAGCGUAAUUGGUUGGUCCCCCCCUCACCCUUAGGUGAGAAGGUGCUGGGACAAUGUUUUAUGCUCACUUUGUCCUCAGCAAACGUGGGCCGCUGGCCAAGAUCUGGCUAGCGGCCCACUGGGAUAAGAAGCUCACCAAGGCUCAUGUGUUUGAAUGCAACCUGGAGAGCAGUGUGGAGAGCAUCAUCUGCCCCAAGGUGAAAAUGGCCCUGCGUACGUCAGGUCAUCUGCUCCUUGGGGUGGUGAGGAUCUACAACAGGAAAGCCAAGUACUUGUUGGCUGACUGUAAUGAGGCGUUCAUCAAGAUCAAGAUGGCCUUCAGACCAGGUGUGGUGGAUCUGCCAGAGGAGAACAGAGAAGCUGCCUACAACACCAUUACCAUGCCAGAAGAGUUCCACGACUUCGACCAGCCACUACCAGAUCUAGACGACAUCGACGUCACCAAGCAGUUCACAUUGAACCAGAGUCGAGUGGAAGAGAUCACCAUGAGGGAGGAGGUGGGCAACCACAACCUGCUGCAGGAGAAUGACUUCGCUGACUUUGGAAUGGACGACCGGGAGAUGAUGCGUGAGGAGAGUGCCUUCGAGGUGGACAUCAUCCACGGGGCGUCAGCCUCUAACCUGCUCCUAGACCCAGAGACCUCUGUUGCCCAGAUCCCAGACAACUCCAACCACCUGGAAUACGACGACCAGUACAAAGAUGACUUCGGAGAGGACCCCAUGGCUGAGAGCGAGGGAGGCAUGCUGGUUGACAAGCUCCUCAGUAACGAGGAUGGGGGUGGCAUUUUCGACGACCCUCCCGUCAUCACCGAGAGCGUGCUAAGACUGCAGGACCACGAUGACGAAGACGACUUUGAUGCCCUCUCACCGGGAGGUCCAGACAGCCCAGGCUCAGGCCCAGCGGAGCCCCUGCCCGCCAUGCAGGACCAAACAGAGCAGACCACGCUGGUACACAACGAGGAGGAGGCCUUCGCCCUGGAGCCCAUCGACAUCACAGUGAAGGAAACCAAAGCCAAGAGGAAGAGGAAGCUAAUUGUGGACAACCUGAAGGAGCUGGACAGCAAGACCAUCCGUGCCCAGCUCAGCGACUACUCCGACAUCGUCACCACACUGGACCUUGCGCCGCCCACCAAGAAGCUGAUGAUGUGGAAAGAGACGGGAGGCGUGGAGAAGCUCUUCUCCCUGCCAGCACAGCCCCUCUGGAACAGCAGGCUUCUCAAGAUGUUCACCCGCACCCUGACCCCCCUGGUGCCAGACGAAAUGAGGAAGAGGAGGAAGGGAGGUGAGGCAGACAGCCUGGAUGAGUUCCUAAAGGACUUGGAGAACCCUGAGGUGCCCAGAGAGGAGGCCAUGCAGAGGGACAUCAUCGACCAGACCAUCCUGGAGGAGCCCAGUGUGCUGCAGGCAUCAGCCAUGGAGGGCAGCAGGACCACCCUGGACGAGUCAGUCAUGCCCCCACCCUCCUCCACGCACGGCCAGAAACGCAAGGCACAGGACACAGAGCCAGGCUUGCCCAUGGGUACUCUGGAACAGGCCACCAACCAUUCAGGCGUGUCCCAGCAGUUGGAAAUGACAGUGUCGCUGCCCCCCGAGGACAGCACCAACCUCAGCCAGUUCCCCGAGCUCGACCUGAUAGAGGAGAAGAAGGACAAGAAGGACGGAGAGGAUGGCUCAGACGAGGAGGAUGAGGAGGGUCAGGCCGGUGACCAGGACCGAGAGGAGAGGAGGUGGAACAAGAGAACCCAGCAGAUGCUCCACGGCCUGCAGAGGGUGAUGGCCAAGACAGGAGCCCAGCAAAUUAGCCUGCUGGAUUUGUGCAGGAACAACAACAAGAAGCAGGCCGCCGCCAAGUUCUACAGUUUCCUGGUUCUGAAAAAGCAGCAGGCGGUGGAGCUCAACCAGACCGAGCCAUACAGCGACAUCAUCGCCACCCCUGGAGCCCGCUUCCACCUCAUCUAGAGACUCAACACUGGCUGCUUUUACUCAAACUGUUUUUUUCUUCUCUUACCUAUGUGCUUUUGUCUUUCUUGAGAUAAGAAUGUUUUUUAAAGGUCAAGUGUGGGGAUGAAGUCUCUGAAUGUCAUGAUUGGUGGGAUUAUUGUAAUUCUGUGUAUUUUGCUAGAAUGUGAGUGAUGAUCCAAUCAUGUUGCAUUCCAAGGUUCUAUUUCUCUCCCAUUUAAAAAAUAGUUAUGUUUUAUACCCUUUAGCCAAAAGGAGCCUGUAGUAUUGAGCAAGUUUCUGAAACACUCAACUGAAUUGCAUCCACCAGCAAUCUUAUUUUGAAGACCAAUAGUAUUUUAGUAGCUUCAAGCAUUCCAAUGGGUUUGUUCUUAAUUCUGCGUUUACAGUCCCUGACUGUAAUUUAUUGUUUUUAUAUCGGCAGACAUUUAGGUCUCCAUUGUUGUGGGAUUUGAGAAUGGGCUUCCGAGUGGCGUCACUACAGUCCCUGGUUCGAAUCCAGGCUGUAUCACAUCCGGCUGCGAUUGGGAGUCCCACAAUUGGCCCAGCGUCGUCCAGGGUAGGCCGUCAUUGUAAAGAAGAAUUUGUUCUUAACGUACUUGCCUAAUUAAAGGUUAAAAUAGAAUAUAUUUAAAACUGUACCCUCUUUGCCUGCUCCAGUUUCAAAUAUAUUUUGCUCCUGAAUUGCAUUUUUAUGGUAUUACUUGAAUAAUUCCCUUUUAAGUCACAUACUGUGUCAAUUAUCUAUGUUAAUGGUUUGGCCAGAAUGAGACUUAGUUGAGGCUGCAUUUUUCGCAUCAGAUAUUUUAAGCUAUUUAACAAAAUCUCUAAAUUUCAAGUCAACUGUGGGUGUCCGGAAAUUACUUUUCAUUCAUCAACUCUUUGAUGCAGCUGAAUGUUAAAUGUUUCUCUAUAUGCCGGAGAUUACUUAUUUGGUAUUAAUAAUCUAAAAGACAGUUUUGAUGCAAUGAUAACUACUGGGAAACAUCAUGGCAAGUCUUAAUUCACUUAUGUGCUGUGACAGUCAUUCUUCGAUAGCUUGAAUAUGAUAUGGUUCAUAGCUGCAGAGCACAAUUUAUAAUAAUUCUGACCAUCCUUUACAAACUCCUGAAAUUGUAUAUCAUGUAAUGUUUCAGCUCAUCCCUUUUAAACUCUGCGCCGGUAAACUUACAUUCUCCUUUUUGUAUAAAACCCAAAAUGACACCUCUUGUAGAUACUGUUGCUGAUGUGUAUCAUGAUGCCAUGCCUGUAGUCCUGAGGCCCAACAACUUGUUACUUUUCUAAUAAAAUGAAUACUGUUUCAACA